AUGUCGGACAACAAGGAGAACGUCGAGGUCGCUCCGCCUCAGGACGCGCCCGCCGCCGAGCACGCCGAGCCGUCGACGCCCAAAGAGGCGACGCCAACCCCCGAAGGAACGCCUAAGACGCCCAAGGAGACGCCCAAGGGAACGCCCAAGGAGACGCUCAAGGAGACGCCCAAGGGAACACCCAAGGCCAACGGCGAGUCCAAGGCCCCGGCAGCUGCUAAGCGCCCCGGCACGGCCACGACCUCGACCACGACCACCCGUCGCCCCGGCACGGCGUCCUCCGCCACGAGCUCCAAGACCGCGACGGCCACGACCUCGACCCGCACCGCUGGUGGCCUGGCUAAGCCGCCCACGCGUCCGCCCACCACCACAACGACGGCCGCCCGUCGCUCGACGGCUGCGCCUACGACCUCUGCCGCGAGCCACCGCAGCCGCCCCAGCGUGAGCGCCAGCGAGGACGAGAAGAAGCCGACACUGAGCUCGGCCGCCCGGCGGACUAGCUCCAUCAUGUCCAGUCCCGGCCGGACCACGGCCGACAAGAAGACGACCACGGCCACCACCACGGCCGCCGCGCGCCGGCCCACGACCUCUUCGACUUCUGCCACCGCCAGCCCGAGGACCUCGACCAUCGCCUCUAGGACGGGCAGCACCGCCACCUCGGCGACGCGAACGGCCGCCGCGACUCGCUCCACUGCGGCCACGGGCACGACCGAGGCUCGCAAGCGACUCUCCACCGUUGGCGUGCCCGCUGCCGCCUCUGCUACCCGAACGACCACCCGCCCCGCUGCCAAGUCCGACGCUUCUACCGCUUCCUCCAAAGAGCUCGAGGACCUCAGGUCCAAGGUCGCCGAGGGCACCGCCGAGAUCGAGACCCUUAAGGCGCAGAUCAAGACAUCGGAAGAGACUAUUUCCGAGCUCCGCGAGCAGGCGGCCAACGCUCCUGCCACCAGCCAGGAUGCCGAGGAAAAGCCCGUCGAGGACAAUGAUGAAGCUGUCGCCGCUCUCAAGUCUGAGCACGAGUCCGCCGUUGCCACCCUGGAGAGUCGCGUGAACGAGGUCCACGAGAAGCUGGAGGCGGCCGAGGCAGAACUCGACAAGCUCAAGACCGACCUGGCGGCUGCGAUUGGCGCCAAGGAGGCGGUCGAGUCGGAGCUCGAGGCAGUAAAGAAGUCGCUCCAGACGAUCCAGGCUGAGAACGACGAGAAGCUCCAGGCCAGUGAAAGCGCUCUGCAAAAAGCUCUCGAAGAGCAGUCCGCAAAGAUCGAGGAGCUGCAGGCUUCCCUGACGGGACAGCACCAGACCGCCAUCGAAGAGUUGGAGGCCAAGCACAAAGAGGAGCUUGCCAGGGGCCAGGGCGAUGCGUCGUCGCAAGAGGCUGCCCUGACCGAGCUCAAGGCUGGCCACGAGACGGUGGUUGCUGACCUGCAAAAGAAGAUUGACGAACUCACCGCCUCGCACGAGGCGUUGGAAUCCGCAAACAGCGACAAGUCCCGCUCCGAGCAGCAGGCUCACAACACGCAAAUCGCAACGCUGGAGAGCGAGAUUGCUGAGCUCAAGGCCAGGCUCGAGGUGUCUGGCAAGGCUGCCGAGUCUACCAAGGGUGAGCUGGACUCGUUCAACGAGCAGCUUGCUCAGAUCCAGAGCGACCUGACCGCCAAAGAGACUGCCCUUGCCACAGCCCAGGAACAGAUUACCGCGCUCGAGGCCAAGUCUACCGAGGCGCACACUGCCCUGGCUGACAAGGAGAGCGAAAUCUCGAAGCUCAAGGCCAUGCACGACGAGCGCAUGAAGAACCUUUCGCAGGACUACGAGAACGAAAUCGAAAGCCUUCGUGGCGACGCCUUCUUCAAGCGCAAGUUUGAAGAGCUCGAGGCUCAGCACAAUGAGCUCAAGGCAUCAUCCGAGGAGGCGACCGCGAGCGGCGGCCAGGCCCUCGCCGCCGCAAAGGCAGAGCACGCCGCCGCUGUUGAGGCCCUGGAGAAGAAGGAGAAGGAGCAUCAGGAGACGCUCGACGCGCUGCGCGCGAGCCAUGCCGAGGAACUCGAGUCCGCCAAGACCGGCGCGUCGGCGGACAAGGAUGCUCACAUUGGCCAGAUCGAGACACUCAAGUCCCAGCACGCUGAAGAGCUGAACGUGGCCAAGGAGCAAAGCGAGGCUGCCCUCGCCAAGGAGCUGGAGGCCCUCAAGGUCUCUCACGCCGAGAUUCUCGAUGCGCUCCAGAAGGAGCAUGCCAACGAGAAGGAAACCACCACGGCCGCCCACCUCGCAGAACUGGCUUCUGCCAAGGACGCUGGCUCCAGUGCCCAUGUCGCCGAGCUGGACGGCGUCCGAGCCGAGCUCGAGGCAGCCAAGGCUGAGCUGGAGAAGGCGCAAGCCGAGAGCCUCGAGGCCGUGGAGGUGGCAAAGCAGGAGCUUGAGGAGAAACACUUUGCCAAGGUUGAGGAGCUCAUGAACUUUAACUCGGAUGUCAUGAAGCAGAUGGAGGCGAAGGGCGUCCAGGAAAGGCAGGAGCUGGAACAGAUGACGGCGGACCACUCCAAGUCUCUCGAGGAUGCCAUCGCCGAGUACAAGAACAGCAACACCAGCCUCGAGGACAAGAUUGCGCAGCAAGCGGAGGCCAACGCCGGCUUGGAGACGGCGCUGGAGGAUGCACAGGAAGCUCUCGCCAAGGCCCAGGCCGAGGUGGAGGAGAUGGGCCAGCAGCUCGCCCAUGAGAAGAUGGAGCGCAUGACUGCUCUUGCUGAUCUGGACGCCGUGAAGAGCGCCAAGCCGGACACCUCUGAGGCAGACGCCCUGCGCCGGGAGCUCGAGUCACUGAAGGAUUCGCACGGCGCGGCAAGCUCGUCUGUCGAGGCAACGCUCAAGGCCAAGCAGGACGAGCUCGACGCCGCCCAGGCGCAGCUGACGGCCGCCCACGAGACGCUAGCCGGGAUGAAGGACAGCCUGGAGCUUGCGCAAAAGGACCUCGAGGCACACAAGGCGGAAGCGGAGGCCCAAUCCAAGACGGCGCAGGCAGACUACAAGGACCUGAACGACAGUAUGACGGCACUGGUUGAGGAGGCCAACAACAACGCCAAGGAGCUACAGGCGAAGCUGUUGGACACGGUCAAGCGAGCCGAGGACAUUGAGGCGCGAGUGAACGAGCUCGAGGCGCAGCUCAAGGUCAAGGAGGCCGAGGUGGCCGAGGCAAAGGCGAGGGCCGGCAAGCCUAAGGGGCUGGCCAGCAGCCGAUAUGCCGACGCCGAGGGCGCCGACGAGUCUGCCGGGGCAAACGGCGACGAGCCGGAAGGUGAGGACGACGACGACGAAGACCACUCUUCAGCGGCAUUGGCUUCGCUAAGUAAAGCGCGCCUCACGGCGAAGCAGAUUGACGCCCUCGACCGAGAGAUGAGGGACCGCAACCUGCAGCUUCUCAACUCGAUCACAAACCCGGGAACCACGCAGACGUCGUAG